AUGGGUAUUAUACGAGUUUUUGAUUCUUUUGUUGAUAAACCUAAGCAUAAUCUUGAUUUAAGUGAUGAAUUUAAAUCUUUUCAAAGAGGCAAUAAUAAUUGCACUUUCUUAAAUAGUACAUCAUCCUCAAUGAACGAAAAUAACUCUGGUGGAGGAUUUUAUCUCCUUGGUUUUAGUAAGAAUAAUGUUACUUCUGGCAUUAUUAGUAAUUACAUUGGCGACACCAACAAUGAGAUGAACUGGAACCUUUCCAUGCCCCAAUGGAACAAAUUUAGUGAUGUGGAGUUUCUAAUUUCCAGUGAUAGUGGUAUUUUCAAAUACAAAGAAAUUUUCUAUAAAGCUUUGAAUGGAAGUUAUCGAAGUUUUCAAAUCUUCUCCAUAGGUAAUUUUAAUUUUUCUGAAGUUUCCGUGGAUGAACCCAAAAUUAGUGAUCAAAUUGAAUAUCCUCAACCAACGACAUGGAUUGGGCUUAUCACACCGAUACAUGUCAUAACAAAGAAUGAAGAGCCACCUCUCACAUUAACUGACCUUUUAAGUAAUGUCGGAGGUUAUCUUCCCUCUGGGGAAUUUUCAGCUUUCUUUCUGGUGGUAGCAAGACGAACCCGUUCGGAUUUAUGUCACGCUUUAUAUUUAUAA